AUGCCUGCUCGAGAUGCGCAUGAGGUUGAGAAGUUCUGGAGGGCUGCGACGGAGAUAGGCCUCAUGAACCACGGCGUACACGAGGAAGCGGAAGGUAUGUUUGCGAUGGGCGAAGAGACGAUCGCUCUUACCCUCAAGGAGAAGCUCCUCUUUGAACAGGGAGACCAAGGUGCAGACAUCGGCACGCGCGACGUACCUGAGUUUGUCAACAUCUUCAAAGACGACACGCACACCUGGCCGGCGGUUGCACGUCGCACGUACCCCUCCGCCGUCAACGCACCGAUGGAGUCCAUCGUCACGCCGUUUGUGAAGAACUCGCUCGCGAUCAACAACCGCCCCAUCGGCGUCCUCAACGACAAGCUCGGACUCCCUGAGGGCACGCUCGCGUCUCUGCACAAGGUCGAGGGGUUCAGCGGAUGUACGGCGCGGUUCAUCAGAGCGCCGUCGUAUCCUGGGCCGGAGGCGAAGACGUUGCUGACGGUGCACAUUAACUUUCGGUCCUUGUCGUUGCUGCACAACCGCCUCGGUGGCUUGCAGGUGCUUCCGCCCGGGUCUGAUCAGUGGUUCUACGUCGAGCCCCUGACCGGACACGCGAUCUGCAACAUCGGCGACGUCCUCAACAUCUUCUCCGGCGGCAUCCUGCGCUCCACAUCCAUCGCGUCCCCGCCUCCGCGGGAGCAAGCCCAGUACGAACGGCACUCGGUCGUGUUCUUCACCCGUCCGAACGACACCGUCGAGCUGCGGGCGCUGUCCGCGCAGAGCGAGCGCAUCGCUGCGGCGCACGCCCCAGGUGUGACGGUGAUGGGGUGGCUUGUGAGGAUGGUCAAGUCGCAGCGGGUGACGAACUACGAGGGUGCGGAGAGCUGGACGGAUAGGCGGGGUACCGAGGACACAGCGAUUCCGAGCCAGGGGAAGAUCUGA